GCCGUGUCGCACCCUUACAGUACGUUAACAGGGACAUUAUCAGUUGCUUUUCUCUUAUUUCAAGUGAUUUAUAUUAAUUGAUCCCAAUGGGCCACCUCUCUUUGUGUAGCGCAAUGUGCCUCGAAUGAGAUGCUGGUGUCUUCGCCACCGUGCUGCGAACCAACGUGCGACUGUGACUGUGAGCAUGUCACCUGUCAGCAGAUGCUCGUGUACCAGCCGACCUGCGUCUGCAUGCAGGGCUUCGUACGCCUGGAGGGUCGCUGUGUUCCGAAGACGUGCUGUCCGGCUCCCGAGCCAACGUGCCCCACUGAAGCUCCCGUGUAUCAUCAACCGUCGUGCGGCUGUGGUCAAACUCCUUGCCAGUGCGAGCAACCGAAGUACCAUCCUGCUCCCUGCGAAACUACGCCCAAACCCUGCCAUCCGGUGUACGAACAGCCCUCGUGCGGCUGUGGCCAAACUCCCUGCAAGUGCGAACAGCCCAUGUACGAACAGCAGCCUUCCUGCGGCUGUGGCCAAACUCCUUGCCAGUGCGAGCAACCGAAGUACCAUGCUCCUGCUCCUUGCGAAACCACUCCCAAACCCUGCCAUCCGGUGUACGAACAGCCCUCGUGCGGUUGUGGUCAAACUCCCUGCAAGUGUGAGCAACCCAUGUACGAACAGCAGCCUUCGUGCGGUUGUGGCCAAUCUCCCUGCAAGUGUGUCCAGGUGUUGUACAAGUCUUGCGAAACGAAACCCACCACCACUACGCCCUGUCCUCCCGUGUACGAGCAACCGUCGUGCGGCUGUGGCCAAACUCCCUGCAAGUGCGAACAGCCCAUGUACGAACAGCAGCCCUCCUGCGGCUGUGGCCAAACUCCCUGCAAGUGCGUCGCCAAAUGCCAUCCCGUGCCGGAGCACAAGCCGUGCGAGACUACUACUCCUGCCCCAACCUGUGCCGCCUGCGAGGAGCUAGUGUUUGUGCAGCCGUGCUGCGAGCCGACGUGCGAUAACGACUGUUCCGGUGUGCAGUGCAGCCCGCUGCUGCUGGUCGAAGAGCCAACCUGUGCCUGCCGGCCCGGGCUCGUCCGCUACCAGGGGCACUGUGUGGAGCCGUCCGUCUGCCCGAAGAGUGCCUCCCGCUAUCGGCUGUACGUACCGAAAACCGUUUCCUGUGCCUGCACUUCGUGCUGAAACGGGCCAAGCGACGCUCUUGCAACCUUGACACGAUGAAACAGUAAAGUGACUAGGGAGCGGAAACGCAAUGGAAAAAGAAAAACAUUGAUUCGGAAAUAAACCAAAAACAAGCAACAGCAGUCCA